AUGAUUUUGGUUUUAGCAGUGCUCAUUGUCGCGGCGGGGGUUAUCAUUGACCGGGAUACAAAUGAGUUCACACUGCAAACUGCCAUCGGGCAGACGAAUGACACACUUCAAACAUCAGAAGAUUUUCUGCACUUGGAACGUGCAAAUCGAGCAUUUAUUGAUUUGGUAGCGCGGACACGACCUGCUGUCGUGCAAAUUACAACAAAAACAGAACGGGCUCGACGUGAGGAAUCACAAAGAGAGCGAUUGUCACCCGAGGACGAAAAGCGAUUUAGAGACUUUUUCGGCGAUGAGCUUUUCAGACGCUUUUUUGGAGAACGCGCACCGCGGAAUCUAAAUCCAGAGCCUGUUACAGGUAUUGGAUCCGGUGUAAUUGUUAGUGAUGAUGGUUAUAUUCUUACCAAUAACCAUGUCAUUGAGCGGAGCGAUGAAAUUACAGUUACCUUGCCAAAUGAAAAAGAAUAUCCAGCGGAGUUAAUUGGACGCGAUGCCGCCGGGACUGGGGUCAGCGGCACCGAUUUGGCACUCCUCAAAAUUGACGCUGAAGGACUUCCAACCCUUCCGUUUGGGGAUUCGGAUCAGCUUGAAGUUGGAGAAUGGGUGAUUGCAAUUGGAACUCCGCUUAAUUUGUCUCAAACUGUAACACGGGGAAUCGUGAGCGCGAAAGGGCGAGCUGGCGGACAUUUCAGCGGUAUCAAGUACGGUAAUUUCAUACAAACGGAUGCGCCGAUCAAUCGAGGGAACAGCGGCGGUGCAUUGAUUAACAUCCGUGGUGAAUUGAUUGGAAUUAAUACAUUGAUUGCCACCGGUGGUUUUUCCACGGGAAAUAUCGGUAUCGGUUUUGCUGUGCCGAGUAAAAUGGCACAACAGGUCUUACCACAACUUAUUAAACACGGCAAAGUCGAGCGCGGUUGGCUCGGUAUUGGAAUGAAACCUGUUGAUUCUGAUUUGGCGAAAAAGUUGAACUUUGAUGCACCUCGCGGUGCUUAUGUGAGUGGAGUUAGCAAAAAUAGCCCCGCAGAAAAAGCUGGAAUCCAACGUUCGGAUGUCAUUGUUGAAUUUAAUGGCGAAACAAUUCAGAACCCGAAGCAUCUGAUGCAUGUUGUGGCGGUAACAGAGAUUGGUAAAUCUGUUGAGGUAACAGUGAUCCGAGAAAGCAAUCAAGAAAAACGGUUAACUGUCAAAUUGGGCAAACGGACCGAAGAGGCUAUUGCCAAACUCAACGCUCAGUUAGCAGAAACCGAAGACAUUCGGUCAGAAGUUAAAGGGUUACGGCAAAAGCUUAAUGAACUUAAAGCGUUUGCCGGACUUCAUGUCCAAAAUCUGACCCCCGCGAUUGUUGAGCGUUACGGUUACGCGUCAGACGAAAAGGGCGUAAUUGUAACACAAGUUGAACCCGGGAGCAUUGCAGAGAAAAAAGGGAUCGUCCCCGGAUCUCUCAUUCAAGAAAUGGAGUGGACAUCAAUUGACAACCUUGAGACAUAUUCCCGUCUUGCGGAGCGACUAACAAACGAACAGAAAAAGCAGGUGCUUCUCUAUGUCAAGUCGCCGAAUGAACAAGGUGGAGGGUAUGUGACAAUAAAGAUUCCCACAUCAGACAGAUAA